AUGGUGUUGUCAGAAAAAGUGAACCAGCUAAUGGAGUGGGCUAGUAAAAGAUCUGUUAUUCGAAUGAAUGGAGACAAAUUUAGACGCCUUGUGAAGGCACCACCCAGAAAUUACUCGGUGAUUGUGAUGUUCACUGCUCUUCAGCCUCACAGACAGUGUGUCGUGUGCAAGCAAGCUGAUGAGGAAUACCAGAUUCUGGCAAACUCGUGGCGAUAUUCCAGUGCAUUUACCAAUAAGAUUUUUUUUGCUAUGGUAGAUUUUGAUGAAGGCUCAGAUGUAUUUCAGAUGUUAAACAUGAAUUCUGCUCCUACCUUCAUUAACUUUCCUGCUAAAGGGAAGCCUAAGCGGGGUGACACAUACGAACUUCAGGUGCGUGGCUUUGCUGCUGAACAGCUUGCUCGUUGGGUGGCUGACAGAACUGAUGUCAAUAUUCGUGUGAUAAGGCCACCAAACUAUGCUGGACCGUUGAUGUUAGGACUGCUGCUGGCUGUCAUCGGAGGCCUCAUAUAUUUGCGUGGAAGCAAUCUGGAUUUUCUGUAUAACAAAACUGGCUGGGCUUUUGCUGCUUUGUGUUUUGUGUUAGCAAUGACAUCAGGCCAGAUGUGGAACCACAUUAGAGGUCCACCCUAUGCUCAUAAGAAUCCCCAUACAGGACAAGUGAACUAUAUCCAUGGAAGCAGCCAAGCCCAAUUUGUGGCAGAAACACACAUUGUUCUUCUGUUUAAUGGCGGUGUUACUUUAGGAAUGGUACUCCUCCAUGAAGCUGCUACUUCUGACAUGGAUGUUGGGAAAAGAAAGAUUAUGUGUAUUGCUGGCAUUGGCUUGGUGGUGCUUUUCUUCAGCUGGUUGCUUUCUGUCUUCAGAUCCAAAUACCAUGGCUACCCAUACAGUUUCCUAAUGAGUUAAAGGAUUCCAGAAUCUGUAACAUCAGAAAGGUGGCAACUGAUAUUGGAUGGAAUGGAAUGGAAGAGCUAAAUAUGUAUGGUUCGUGCUACCUCUCUUUACACUGAAUGAGAUAGUUAAACACUGAACCAAAGACAAUAUGUAGUGCCUUAAAUAUAACAAGCAAUUUGCUCUGAAGGACAGAGUAUUAAGAUGCAAUCUCUUUUUCAUAAGCUUUACAUCUUAAACAACUCUAUUUCUAGUGAAAUUCAAAACUUAAUGCUUAGGACUACAUUUCCAUAGACUAACUAGAAACAGUACUUUAAGUUCAAUUGGAUAAUCUGUUUUCCAUAUGUUUCUUUUUCCCUCAAAUAUUUAUCACUUUAUUUCCUGUUUGUGUAUAGGAGGUGACAAUAGCUUCUCUGUCAUGCCUUCUCACAGUUGAGAAAACAUCUUCGUGUACCUGGAAACCUUUUCCUUCAGUCUGUGUGCAACCCUUGGAGCAUACUCCGUACUCCAGUGUGGAAUGUGCAUAUCCUAGAGCUGUAUCUCAUUUUUGAGAAGAGUACUUAACUGCUGUAUGAUGCAAGAGGUUGUUUCACGGAGGAAGGGAGAGUUUUCAACCGGUAG